AUGCAACCCCAGACUAAGAAGUACAUCGCCGACUCAUUCUACUAUGCAUUCAAGUACAUUAUCUCCUCGAUGGAUCCCUUAAAGACGAAAAAGAAGGAUGCACAUGAAAAGAGUGCCAAAGUCCUGGAUCGGCUCGGGCAUCGUGACAUCAAGUUGAACGAGUACGAGCAGGUCAUUGCAUCCGAAGUUAUUCACCCAGAGGAUAUCAAGGUUGACUUUGAGCAGAUUGGUGGUUUGGAUCCUAUCAUCCGCUCCCUGCGCGAGAGUGUUAUCUUGCCACUCAACCACCCUGCUCUUUUCACAAGCGCCUCUGGAUUGUUGGGAGCCCCCAAGGGAGUGUUGUUGUACGGACCCCCCGGAUGCGGAAAGACCAUGUUGGCUAAGGCCCUCGCCAAGGAAUCAGGAGCAACGUUUAUCAACAUGCAUGUGUCAACCUUGACUGACAAGUGGUUUGGAGAGUCCAACAAGCUGGUUGCCGCCUUGUUCUCGUUGGCCCACAAGAUGCAGCCCGCUAUUAUCUUUAUUGACGAGAUUGAUUCGUUCCUGAGAGAGCGUCGCAGCAACGACCAUGAGAUCACCAGCAUGAUGAAGGCCGAGUUUAUGAGCAUGUGGGACGGUCUGACAACAGGAGAGGAUACCCGGAUCAUUGUCCUCGGCGCCACCAACCGGCCCAACGAUAUCGACUCUGCCAUUUUGAGGAGAAUGCCCAAACGGUUCGCCAUCAAGUUGCCCUCUGAAGAGCAGCGCAUGAACAUCUUGAAGCUGAUGUUGGCUAAGACCAAGCUUGACCCUAGCUUUGAUUUCCGCAAGUUGGUCCAGAAGACUGCAGGAUUUUCAGGAAGUGAUUUGAAGGAGGCCUGCAGGAACGCGUCGAUGUUGCCAUUGAGAGAGUACCUGAGGGGGAAGGGAUCAGACACUAAGGGCGCCCUUGACGGGGUUGUCUUGGAUCGUGAUGAGGUUCGCGCCUUGCGUCUGUCUGAUUUCUUCCAGCACGAUUCUAACGAGGAGUCAUCAUCGCAUGUUAUCCUUGAGCAGACUGACCUGGAUUAG